GUCUACUCAGGUCUACUUGACAUUCAAAAUAAAUAACUAGGUAUUGAUUUUUUAACAAUUUUCUUGUUAUUUAAAUAAAUUUAUUACAAUUAUGCCAAUCUUCGUUAGUAAUCCUUAGGGCAGUAAUGUCGACAAGAUUGUGGCCUUUACGUAUGUUCUGCGUAAAAUAUAAACUUUAACAACUUUAUUAGUAAAGAAAAAUAACUGCAUAAUAAUAUGGAUUUAUUGAAAACACCAUCGAUACCGUCAUUAUUAGAUUCCGACUUGGAGUCCGUUGAAAGUUAUCCUUACGAUGAAUUUGAAGAGUUGGACGAGGUUGAAUAUGCUUUACCAGCAAGCGAAGCCCCUACUUUAGAAGAAGUUUUAUCAUCUGAUGUUAGUGAACAAAUUAACAUUGCUGACGAAAUAAUAGAAAAAGAUCCCAAGGAACCAGCAACCUGUUCAGCUUUGCAGGUUGAUUUCUUACAAGCUGUUUCUCAACAAUUAUCUCAAGCUGAGGAACGUUCAUCAGCUGGAACGGCUACAGCCUUAAGUGUUGGAUCUAAUGGGAGAUUAACUGUGGGAACAGCGCAUGGCCACUUACUCUCCUUUCAUGACCAGACAUUACGCUGGGUGUGCGACAGUAAUGGAGAUUGUGGUGCUGUAACUUGUUUGGGAUAUAACCAUGAUAGCACUAGACUCUUAGCAGGUUUCGCACGCGGAUAUGUAUAUCAGUACGAAAGUGUACGAGGCGUCGUAUUACGUAAAGUAACACUUGGUGGAGAAACAUGGGGUACAUUAAGAGUGACUUGGGCAGGGAAAGCUGGAUUAGCCCUAGAUACAGGAGGAUCAGUGUGGCUUAUGAAAUUUUCAAGGCCCUUAGGAGUUAGAUCUGCUAAAGUAUCAUGCCUCUUUUCUGGAGCCAGAGGGGAAGUUGUUACAAUGACAGCGAGAGAUGCUCGUAUUUUAGCACUUGCAACACUUUCUCGUGUCAUAAUUGUAGCAGGUGGUAGAGCUGCCGGUGUGCGAUUAGAUGGACCAGCAGAUAUAUUACCUGUCCUAGAAUGGUUUGAUACUAAUAAUAGAUUACUUGUUUGUGCAAGAGGACUGAUACUGCAAUGGCUUGCGGUUACCGUAUCUGCAAGCAACUUAGGACUUAAACCUAUUAAACGAGUUGAAUUAAAAACAACGCCACUGUGGCUUGGAUGGCUUGGAGGCAGCUUGACAAUAUUUGAUUCUGAAGAGAACCUACGCUUAUGGGGUGAUGAUUAUGAUAAACCACUAGAUUUAUCCCAUAUAGAACCUGUUUAUGCUUCUGCAUUUUUUAAGGGUCAUUGGACUGAUGGUCGUGUAUCACGCGCUAUGUGUAAAGCAGGAGAGAGUGCCCUUGCUGGGGCUUGUAUUUCUGAAGGCACAUUAUCUAUUCUUGGUCGACGCGGGAUUGUGCGUAUUGGGCCCCGAGAUAUCUUAACUAGAGCUCAGGCAUUUAUGUCAUCUGGACAUCACUUUCAAGCACUGAGACUACUAUGUUCAACUCAAGGAUCCAAAGCAAAGGCACUAGCUAGUGAUUUUGUAGUUAAUCUAUCAGAAAGACCCCAUAUUGUCAGUAAUAAAAAUGUGGCUGUGCAAGUUGUGAAAGUCUGUCUUAAGUUUAACCUGUAUGAAGAGCUUUGGACAUGUUUGUGGGAGAAUUGCUCAAAUGAAAAAGCUUUUGUAGAAGCACUGGGUGACGCCGCGGUUCGAGGUGAAAUGUCAGAACAUCCGCCCACACCUGAUUUUACACAGGCUCUAAUUGAGAAACUAGCAGACCUAGAACCAGAGCUUGUGGAACGAGUGGUCGCUUCUUUACCUCUCACUGCCAUUGAUCCACAUCGCGCUAGUGUAUUUACAAGAGAAAGGAAGCUUUGGCGCGGAGUCGGGGCUAUUGCAGCUGCAUUAGACGGUUGCAGCGGGGCGAUGCGCACGCUGGUGCAGUACGUGGAGGCGGGGUGCGGGCAGCGCGGGCGGUGCGCGUGCGCGGGCGGCGCGCUCGUGCUGGCCGCGGCCGACGCGCUGGCCGCGCGCUCGCCCGCCGCGCGCCCGCUGCCCGCGCACGCGCGCCCCUCCGCACGGCACGACGCGCUCACCACCUUGCUGCAUGAGGAGGAAGGUCAUCCAUCCCCACUCCGCGUGAUGGUGAACCAUGACACAGGCUCAGCCGUGCGGCUGCUGGAGCAGAGUUCACGCGAACCGCCCUUCGCCGGCCCGCUCGGGAAACAGAACAGAUUGAGGGUGGCUCGAGCCCUCCUAGCCUUUACUGAUGAUAUGCCCGAAUACGAAGGAAGAUUGGAAAUUUUAGAAUUCGUGACGGGACAACUGCAUAAUGGGUCCCUUCCUUUGGACCAAGAAUUAAUUCAGAAAGUGCAAGACCUUGUUACAAGGACAGAAGGUGAAAAGACCGAUCGUGCUUGGCUCUCGGUUCUGAUGCGAAUACGUGCGCAGAGAGAUCAACUUUUACCUAAUUAUCGUAACGCCAUUCCGCGACCUAGAAUACUCUGGCGUAUAGAUGCCCUGUUGGGUAAUCAUGAGCAAGCCUUUCAAGAGUUUUUCCAACUAGAAUAUCCAUCUGAACAGGACAUUGAUGAACUCUUUGAGUAUGUUCAAACAAAUUCAGAAUUAGCUCCAGGAUUUAGACGUGUAGUGCGCGAGCAUCUACCUGCUCUUAUAAAACUGCGACCAACAGCUGCAGCGGAGUUGCUGAACGACGACCAGCCAAUGGACGUUGUCGCCACUACAAUGCAAACUUUACCAUGCAAACAAGCUUUGGAGUUUGGUAAGUGCCUUCUAGGUAUGGGACGUCUUAAAGGUCACGCACCAACUAUAUACCUUCGAUGUCUUUGUAUAUCGCAACCCGACAAUGUAAAAGAUUUCUUAAUCAAACACGCCGGACUAGUGAAGCCGGAGGACGCUUUAUCAAUUGUCAAAGAAUUAGGGCCAAAGGAUGCCGAGCCGAUAUGUCUAGAGGCGACCGGCGAUCACAUGGCGGCCCUCGAAUCAUUUUUGGAAUUGAUCGCGGCCACCGAUUCGGAGAAGGAAAAUAAUUUAGUAUUGCAAGCGUGCGAAUUGUGCGUGAGAAUCGGGCCCACGGUGCCGGCGCAAACCGCGGCAGACAUGUGGACGCGUCUGCUCAGAAGCAUCAGCUCGGUUCCGCCGGCUCUGCUCUUCGAAGCGAUAGCGUACCUGCCGCUAGAGGAAUUGCUAGUCAAAACGUGUAAUUCGGCGCAGGUGGGCCGGAUCCUGGCGGACGGAGCUAGCGGAGCGGCCAUGUGGCGCUGCGCGAACAGAAUCGCCGGGCGAGAGGCGCACGAAGCGCUGGCGCGCGCGCUGUGCUCGGCGCGGCGCGGCGUGGCCGUGCGCGGCCGCUGCGCGCGCUGCGACGCGCCGCUCCACGAGCGAGUGGGCGUGCGCACCGCCCACUGCGCCCGCGCUUACCACGCCGACUGCGAACCGUUCCCGAUGUGCGACUGCGGAUAUCGGCUCCCCACCGCCGUCGUCAAUCUUCCGCCCCUUCACACCAGACAGAUUACCAUACCUCAAGAGUAUAAACUUUUACUUGUUGCGCCUCCCCGGCCAGAUUUAGAAGGUGUCGUGUGAGGUGAUAUUUUAUAUAUGUACAUAAAAGCAUAAGCUUAAUAAAUUAUUUAUAGGCAUA